CGUCGACAGAAAGGGGGCGGGGUCACGCCUGGAAUCAGGAACAAUCUACACAAACCCGUAUUGCUCCUGCAUAUUGUUUUCUGACCAGUCAUCAGCACAACCUGUCAUGUUUUAACCGAAAAGAAAUGUCAACAUGGGCUCUCAACGGAAACACCACGCCACAAAGGGAGCUUGGGGAAGACUGCCUCUGUGCUUUUUGGCUAGCCUGUCAGUUUGUCUGUGUUUAUGCAGAGCAGAGGACAGUUCAAUGGAGAACAUCGUGACUGAGAAGAAGGCUGAAGAAAGCCACCGACAAGACAGUGUCGACCUGCUCGUGUUCAUUUUACUCCUCACCCUCACCAUCCUGACAAUAUGGCUCUUCAAACACCGUCGAUUCAGGUUUUUACACGAGACCGGGCUGGCGAUGAUCUAUGGAUUGCUGGUUGGGGUUGUGCUGCGUUACGGUAUCCACGUGCCUCGGGACAUCAACAACGUUACGCUGAGUUGCCAUAUCAACGCCAGUCCAGCCACGUUACUAGUCAACGUAAGCGGCAAGUUCUACGAGUACACACUGAAGGGCGAGAUCAGCUCCAAUGAAGUCAAGGAUGUUCAGGACAAUGAGAUGCUUCGCAAGGUGACCUUCGACCCAGAGGUAUUUUUCAACAUUCUUCUGCCGCCCAUCAUAUUUCACGCGGGAUACAGCUUAAAGCGGAGACAUUUUUUCAGGAACAUGGGCUCCAUUUUGGCCUAUGCCUUUGUUGGAACAGUGGUGUCCUGCUUAAUCAUUGGCUUGCUGAUGUAUGGCUGCGUGAUGCUUAUGAAACAUACUGGCCAGUUGGGAGGAGACUUCUUCUUCACUGACUGCCUGUUCUUUGGUGCCAUCGUAUCAGCCACUGAUCCAGUGACCGUCCUGGCCAUCUUCAACGAGUUACAGGUGGAUGUCAACCUCUAUGCUCUAUUGUUUGGAGAGAGCGUGUUAAAUGACGCUGUUGCUGUGGUGCUUUCCUCGUCCAUUGUUGCAUAUCAGCCCGAGGGAAACAACAGUCAUACAUUUGAAGCCAUGGCCAUGCUUAAGUCGCUUGGCGUCUUUCUGGGAGUCUUCAGUGGUUCCUUUGCUCUUGGAGUGGCUACCGGUGUAAUGACUGCCUUAGUCACCAAAUUUACAAAGUUGCGGGAUUUUCAGCUGCUAGAAACGGCCCUCUUCUUCCUCAUGUCCUGGAGCACAUUCCUGUUGGCUGAGGCUUGUGGCUUUACAGGUGUGGUAGCAGUUCUUUUCUGUGGAAUUACACAGGCUCAUUACACCUAUAACAACCUGUCCCCUGAGUCACAGGACCGGACCAAGCAAUUAUUUGAGCUGUUGAAUUUCCUGGCUGAGAACUUCAUCUUUUCCUACAUGGGCCUGGCCUUGUUCACUUUCCAGAAUCAUGUCUUCAACCCCGUGUUCAUCGUGGGAGCAUUUCUGGCCAUUUUCCUGGGCCGUGCAGCGAAUAUUUACCCACUCUCCUUCCUGCUCAACUUGGGCCGCAGGAACAAGAUAAGCUCCAACUUUCAGCACAUGAUGAUGUUUGCAGGUCUCCGAGGGGCCAUGACUUUCGCCCUCUCUAUCAGAGACACAGCCACAUACGCACGGCAGAUGAUGUUCUCCACCACCCUGCUGGUGGUCUUCUUCACCGUGUGGAUAUGUGGAGGAGGCACCACUCAAAUGUUGUCUUUCCAACGCAUCCGUGUUGGAGUGGACUCAGACCAAGACAAUUCAAUUGGCCCUGAGGGAUUAGAGAGGAGAAGCACCAAACAGGAGAGUGCCUGGUUAUUUAGGAUUUGGUACAACUUCGACCACAACUAUCUUAAGCCCAUUCUGACUCACAGCGGGCCGCCACUCACAGCCACUCUGCCAGCAUGCUGCAGCCCACUGGCCCGAUGCCUCACCAGCCCACAGGCGUGUGAGAAUGAGGGCCAGUUGAAGGACGAUGACUCAGACCUUAUCCUGAACGACGGUGACAUCAGCCUGACCUAUGGAGACAUCACCGUUAACACGGACGCGACAGGCACGCGCACGAUCAGCAUUCCGGCUGGUGCAGCAGGCGUCCACUCUGAUGAUGCUCUGGACAGAGAGUUGACCUUUGGUGACCAUGAGCUGGUGAUCCGGGGCACACGUCUCGUGCUGCCCAUGGACGAUUCAGAGCCGCCUCUACGCCACCGGGAGAUUUGAGCUGCAUGGAAAAAAAUCCUGAAGGAAGUCAAAGGCUUUCCUGUCCCUCUUUCCAUCACCACCACAGUCUGGAGAAAUCUCUCUCUCUCUCACUCACUUUUUCUCUCUCUCUCUCUCUCUCUCUCUCUCUCUCUCUCUCUCUCUCUCUCUCUCUCUCUCUCUCUCUCUCUCUAUCCCCCCACAACCACUAUCCUCUCUCUAAAGUGGCUGGUUUGAUGUCUCUACCUCAUUUGUCAUUUUCUUUCUGCUCCUCCAAACAUGACUUGUGAAACCUUGUCAGUUCUAGCCAUCCAUUAUUUGUUUUUGGGUUUUUUUUUUCCACAACUUGGGUGUUUAUGGCAUCUUCAAGCAUUGUGGCAUUGUCUGUCUCAGAGGCUAGUGUGAGAAGUGAUAGAGCAGUGCUUUCUUGUCUGCAUAGUAAGGUGUAAAAUAACUGUGCAUGCUAAUUCUUGCUUUCUGUUGGUGCGUGAGGUGCCUGGUUCAAAGGGGAUUCAACCUUGGGCAGUGGUAAAACAGCUAAGAGACUUUCAGACUCUCCGAACAGAGGUGUGGUGACCUGAUGGUUUGUUAUGUGGUUGCAAUCAAGUGCCUGUUGAAUGUCAUUUUUCCUUAUCCUUGGAGCAAAACAGCACUGCCAUCCACUAGAGGGAGGCCUUGUAUCUCAAUACUGAACUUGUCUGUGUGAUGUAGGCUUCAAAUUGGAAACAAGAGGGACUUGCUGUAGUCUGUGCUAUCAGAAAGCCCAGAACUCGCAUACUGACCUUUGACUGUGACUCUGGUGGACUUUCACCUUGUUAUACAUGUCCAUGUUAGUUGCAGUAAGAUGUUCUAUCAGCUAGUCGUGGUACAAAAUCUGAGGCGAUUUUUUAUUUUUAUUUUUAUUUUUCCUGAUUUGUUUGCAUUUUGUAAAAAGUCACAAAACAUCCCGAUUAAUUUUACCAUGCAGCUCUAAACCAUUGAAAUGACAUAGCGUCAUGUUUAACAGUGAAUGACUAAAACUCUCCAUCAUCUGUAUUACUAAUAUAGACCAAACUAUAGUAAAUCCUUUUUUUAAAAUAAGUAAAUAAAUAAAUAAGAACAAAAAAAAAGAAAGAGGAUUCUUAGCUGUGCUAGUGCAGAACUGCAAGGAUAGAAAGAAGAAAAGUUCACAGCAAUGUGUUCGAUUUCUUCGUAGGCCUUUUAAUAUACUAACCUUUGCAUGAUGUGUGCUGUGUGGAGAUGCAUUGCCGUGUGUUCUCCCCGUUUUUUGCGGCAUUUUGGAUUUGUUUGUUUGUUUUUUUUAUAGCGAAUUGAAAAACCAUCGUCCAGGUUGGUGUGUAAUGUCACUGCAGCACAAAUUAUAUUUAAUAAUUGUUGUUGUUUUUUUUUUUCCUGAGUAUAGAGGGAGGAUGGCUGAAUGAUUUUAAGCAUGCUAUUAAAGGGCUGAAUGAACAGGUAUUAUCUGUUUUUAAUAUUUGUACUUUUGGUGGAAAAAAUGUCUAGGGGAAAUCGACCAUUUCCUGUUUGAGUCUGAUGUCAGGGUGUGGUGCAGUAAUGAGAUGAACAACGGCGCUGAUGGGUGCGAGCACAACUGUACUUUUGUUAGAGUUGUAAUCAAAAUGAUUCAACCUCCAUUGCAAAUCAGGUUCGUUGUUAAAAUGUACAGACUUUCAGCUGUUUGCGAUGAACAAAUCAAACAAAAGCAAUUGAAAUAGUUCAACACAACGAAUGCUUCAAUUGGUUUCCCAAAUUCAACUGAAAAUGCAACUUCUAAUGAUUUCUCCAGUUUCAAAAUUAUUCAACUCCUUCAUGGCAAGCAUCUUUAGUACUUAGUAGAGCACCUUGUGCUGUUGUGACCUGCUGCAAACGAGAUGCGUAGCUUCUGGCAGCGUUCCUGAGGAAUCUUAACCCAUUCCUCAUGAGCAAUGGCCUCCAGUUCAGUGAUAUUCUUGGGUUUGCAUGCUGCAACCAUCGUCUUCAAAUCCCACCAGAGAUUUUCUAUGGGGUUCAAGUCCGGUGACUGUGAUGGCCCUGUAGAAUCUUCCAGGACUUCUGCAACCAAGCCUUGGUGGAAUUUGAGGUAUACUUGGAAUCAUUGUCCUGUUGGAAGGUCCAAUGACGCGAAGCUUCAGUUUACUCACAGACGGCAUGACGUUUUCUCUGAGGAUUUCCUGAUACUUCAAUGAAUCCAUCAUCGCAGAAAUCUGCUUGCUUUUUCUGCCACAUCCAGGUGUUUCAUAUAUUUUCUACCCCUAGCCAGUUCAGGUAUUUCAUGUGUUCCAGCUCAAGCACACCUGGUGCAAAUAAUGAAGCCCUUGAUUAGUUGCAUCAGGUGUGCUUGAGACAACACCUGUUUUGCAUAUUUGUGCUGUUAUGAGGAAUUCUAUUCAGGGGGUUGAGUAAUUUUGAAACUGGAGAAAUCAUUAGAAGUUGCAUUUUCAGUUGAAUUUGGGGAAACCACUUGAAGCAUUCGUUGUGUUGAACUAUUUUAAUUGCCUUUGUUUGAUUUGUUCAUUGCAAACAGCUGAAAGUCUGUAAAUUUUUACAGUAAACCUGAUUUGCAAUGGGGGUUGAAUAAUUCUGAUUGCAACUGUAUGUAUGUAUGUAUGUAUGUAUGUAAAUGAAUAUAUAGAGAACUAUGAGAUAAAUGUAAUAGUGUGACUGAUUUUUAAUACACUGUUUAUUAAAAAGGAUAUAAAAUCAGUUAAAAAGGUACGAACAACCCAUUAAGAGGUUAUUGUGUUGCAUUUUUGUCUCUUAAAAUUCAGAAGAGUGAGUGUGUGUGUGUGCGUGCGUGCGUGUGCACGCGCACUCAUAAAACAAGCUGACUUUGUAGAAAGGUGGCUAUUGCCUUGAAUGGAAGGUGCUGGCACCCAGUGGGUCUUCUGAAUGAAACAGCAACGUAAGACACUGACUUUGUUACACUGUUGCUGUGGAUGAUGGCCCCUGACGGACAAGGCAAGAAAGAAGGAAAUGCAGAAACAGAGAAUGAGUGACAGCCAUCUAAAAGAAGAGUGAAUAAGGCUUUCAGCAUAGCAUUAUCUCCUGCUGUGCAGGACAUUUUCCCAGAGGGCAAUGUAGCAUUCCUGUAGGCCUGACUCUAGAUAACAAGGUCCACAGAAACAGGGUGUUUAUAUUUGGAUGGUCAAGAUGAAGGAAUUCAGUAUGAUUGCAGUUUUUUUUUUUUUCUUGCCUUGUUGACUUUUUUUGUUACGUCUCGAAAUAUCUGUUCUAUUUAUUUCAUUGUCUAAUGGUAGAUGGUUUUCAGGUGAAAGUGAUGAAUAGACCUGCUGUUAGACUGAGAUCAUAUUUGCUUAUUUGUCAUGUGAAGGAGGAGUAGUAGACGAGCAUUUCUCAGUAUGUUAUCUUGAUAUCUUGAAGAGCAGCCAAUCUAGCAACGUCAAUACCACGCACACAUAUAUGAGCAAGAAGGUUUGCAAAACUGCAAGCAGUGUCUCUGCUUGUACUGUUCUGAUCUGGCCAAGCAUCUGUAAGAAAUAAAUUUGAGCUCAAAAUGAUAAAGACUUAAAAUGAGCAUGAUUAUUAUUAUUAUUAUUAUUAUUAUUAUUGUCUGUUCCUGAAGUUUUCUGUAACUUGCCUAAAGACUGGAUUAACAAAAAAGCUACUUAGGUAUUGUUGUCCUUUCCUUUCAUGGAAAUGGCACAAUACUUCCCUAAGAAAAGUGCAUUUUUUUUUCUCUGCUCCUCAGUUUUGCGCUUGAGUUUCUCAAGCAGUAAGGGUUACGGUUCGGCUUAUUAAAGCGUAUAAGUCUGUGUCCAGCUCUUCUGUUCUUCUGCUGCUUCUCCAGGAUAACUUAUGCUUCAAUGUCCAUGGCCACUAAAACACUUUUCAAUGGGUGAUCGCUCGUCCUACGCGUUUGACUUGUCACAGAAAUAAGCAGACCAACACGCAGACUUGCCUAUGUUGUGUUUUUACUGAUCUGUAGCUGAGCACUAGUCACAUCAUGUGCAGCCUCUGUUAUUACAUGUUGCAGGUACAGACUGUUUACAUAUGUGUAAAUAUGUUCAUCUGUUCAUGUGCGUGCAAUGAUCAAUAAAUAGAAGCCUGUGCUUUCAACUAAA